AAUAAACUGAAUUGAGAUCAAAACAUGGUUGAAUUGUAAAUUUUUUCUCAUUGAAUUUCAUUGUGCAAUAAAAAGAAACUUUGCUAAUUACACAGAUUUCAAAAAUCUAAUUGAAAAUGUCUAAAAUAUUUACACCUACUAACCAAAUACGUUUGACGAAUGUUGCUAUAGUAAGGUUGAAAAAAGGUGGUAAAAGGUUUGAAAUAGCUUGUUACAGGAAUAAAGUGUUAUCCUGGAGGAAUAAAUUGGAAAAGGACAUAGAUGAAGUUUUGCAAACUCAUACCGUAUUCACAAAUGUUUCCAAGGGACAAGUGGCAAAAAAAGAGGAUUUGGUGAAAAUAUUUGGUAAAGAUGACCAAACUGAAAUUUGUAAAGAAAUAUUAGAGAAGGGGGAGUUACAAGUUUCAGAUAAAGAGCGCCACUCCCAAAUUGAUUCAUUGUUCAAAGAUAUUGCAACAACAGUUGCUGAUAAAUGUGUGAAUCCAGAAACCAAAAGACCUUAUCCUGUUUCCAUCAUUGAGAAAGCUAUGAAGGAUAUUCACUUUUCUGUAAAUGUUAACAGAAAUGCUAAACAACAAGCUCUUGAUGUUAUACAGUUACUGAAAAAAGAAAUUCCCCUUGAGAGGGCUCAAAUGAGAGUCAGGAUUAUUCUAACUGGAAAAGAUGCCCGAAAGACCAAAGAAAAAGUGGUCAAACUUUCCACAAGUGUGGAAGAAGAGAACUGGGACUCAGGCACAGCAAAUAUUAUUUGUUUGAUUGAUCCAGGCAACUUCAGGACACUGGACGAUAUGAUACGAACAGAGACUAAAGGGACUGGACAAUUUGAAUUGAUGAAUCUAAAAGAGAUGGUGGAAGGAGAACAAGCUCUGUGAAAUAUGUUAGUAUACCAAUGUCUGUUGUAUCAAUUGUAUUUUAUCCAUAACGUGAAACGUAUAAUAUUAUAGGUGUCUCUUUAAAAUAAAAACAAAUUUUUAAUAUUUGCCAA